AUGUCUUCAUUGCUACGUUUAUUGUGCUUCCGCUCCACCAGUCUUCCCCGCCUUGCAAUGAGCUUUUCCUCUUGUCGUUCCGCCUCUUCCUCCAACGUCAAAGCUACCGCUCUGACGCGCUUUGUGGACGAGAAUGGUGCUAUUCGCUGCGGCCAACGUACGGACGACGGUAUCACUGCGUUACUUGUAGAAGACGACGAUCCUCUGGGCAGUUUGCGCUUUACAGGUGAGACUGCCACUAUCGAAAAGCUGCUGGCUCCAGUGGUGCCAUCACAGAUCCUCGGUAUCGGUCUCAAUUACCGUAAACACGCCAGGGAGACCAAUCAGGCGGAGCCGAAGUUUCCUGUGCUCUUUACUAAAGGUGUCAAUGCUUUGCAACACCCACACGGUCCUGUGGUGAUCCCUCGGAUUGCCUCAGAUCCCCCUGAGGUCGACUAUGAGUGUGAACUUGCGGUUGUACUAAAGGAAGCCUGCUGCAAUGUGACGGAGACGGAAGCUCUGACGUUUGUAGGUGGGUACACUUGUGCUAACGAUAUCUCGGCACGUCGCUGGCAGGGUGCGAAGGGAGGAGGUCAAUGGUGUCGAGCUAAGACCUUUGACACUUUCUGUCCCUUGGGACCGGUGCUCGUGACACCUGAGCUCAUUCCAGACCCACAGACACUCGACAUUGCUACGUAUCUCAAUGGUGAGCAGGUGCAGAAAUCCAACACGAGUGAUAUGAUCUUCUCGGUUGCAAAUCUUAUCAGUCAGCUCUCGCAGGAUUGUACAUUGCCUAAAGGCACGCUUAUUUUGACAGGAACAUCCGAGGGAGUUGGUUUCACCCGUAACCCGCCAAUAUUUCUUGCACCUGGUGACAUGGUGGAAAUUGAGAUUGAGCGCAUUGGCAAGCUGGUGAAUCCUGUUGUUAGUGCGUCGGCGAUAUAA